AUGCCCUCUGAGGCGAUACUCGCCACCUUGUCUAAGCCCGCGCGUCUACAGCGUCGGCACGACUCAUUUAGCAUGCGGUCGGCUUACGCGUCGCCCCGUGAUCGCGGAAUAAUAAAACUAAAGGAGAGCGAACAUCAAGAAAGCAAUAACAUCAUUAUCAUAGCGAGUCCGCCAUCUCUUUCCAAUAGGUCUCACCCCUCCUUUGGCCCCGCCCAUGGCGUAUCGCCUCUGUCACCUGUAUAUCUCAAAACAUUACACAUAUGCAAAACUUUCGCGCUCGCAUCUCUCGGCACACACCCAGCCUCCACGCACACACGGCCGCCCGAAGGCUUGCAGCUGCAGCGUGCGCGUGUGUGCGCGUGUGUGUACGGUCUGGUA